AUGACAGGAAAGCAGAUUCCAAAAUACCAUCUCGCACCAACAUUCAGUAUCCCUCCUUCUGAUGCUGGUGGCGUGCUCGAACUGGGUUCCAUCAUCGAAAGUAUUGAUUCUGCGGAAGAACCGAUCAACCGAGACUGUCACCUGCGAAUACCAUCCUCUGAGCUGUUUUGCAACCACCAAAGAAACUUUUCUAGUACACGGUCGCGCAUGAAAAGUGGCGAAUACGGAGUUUGGGCUCAUGUUCUCGGUGCUGAUGGCAUCAGAGGGGAGCUGAGCUUUGCGCCGGAACGGAGUGACGAGGACGUCUACCACUUUCGAAGCCUAGACACCGUAUACUUCAACCCAUCGAAAGACUAA